UAAAAAACCAAAACAGAUUCUCUGGAUUUUUUUUAAUUGAAGUCAUCCUUCCUGUCCCUCAAGAUGACAAACAGUUCAUUUUUCUGUCCAGUUUACAGAGAUCUGGAGCCAUUCAUAUAUUUUUUUUAUUUAGUUUUCCUUGUCGGAAUUAUUGGAAAUUGUUUUGCAACCUGGGAUUUUAUACAGAAAACUCCAAACCACAGGUGUGUGAGCAUAUACCUAAUUAAUCUUCUUAUGGCAGAUUUCCUGCUCACUCUGGCAUUACCAGUGAAAAUUAUUGUUGACUUGGGUAUGGCACCAUGGAAGCUGAGGAUAUUCCACUGCCAAGUCACAGCAUGCCUUAUCUACAUCAAUAUGUACUUAUCAAUUAUAUUCUUAGCAUUUGUCAGCCUUGACCGCUAUCUUCAGUUGACACACAGCUGCAAAAUCUACCGGAUACAAGAGCCUGGAUUUGCCAAAAUGAUAUCAACUGUGGUGUGGCUUAUGGUCCUGCUUCUAACAGUCCCGAACAUGGUGAUUCCCAUCAAAGACCUCAAGGAAAAGUCAAAUGUGGGGUGUAUGGAAUUUAAAAAGGAGUUUGGAAGAAAUUGGCAUUUGCUGACAAAUUUCAUAUGUAUAGCAAUAUUUUUAAAUUUCUCAACCAUCAUUUUAAUAUCCAAUUGCCUUGUAAUUCGACAACUCUACAGAAACAAAGAUAAUGAAAACUAUCCAAAUGUGAAAAAAGUGCUCAUCAACAUAUUAUUAGUGAGUACUGGCUACAUCAUUUGCUUUGUUCCUUACCACACUGUCCGAAUCCCAUACACUCUCAGCCAGACAGAAGUCAUAUCUGACUGUGAGACCAGGAUUUCGCUCUUCAAAGCCAAGGAGGCCACUCUGCUCCUGGCUGUGUCCAACCUGUGCUUAGAUCCUAUUUUGUACUAUCAUCUCUCAAAAGCAUUCCACUUAAAGGUCACUGACACUUUUGCUUCACCUAAGGAGACUGAGACUCAGAAAGAAAGGUCAAGAUGUGAAAAUGAGGUAUAAAAUACAGGACUGUUCAUGCUAUCACUUCUUGCCUUACGGGAUCACAAAGCUUCUUACAGUUUUGAAAGAGAUAAAUAAAAUCUUGAUAAUGAAAAAUACAGAGAACCAGCAACUGCAGGCUAUUUUACACAGAAACCUUGUUUCUAAAUGCAAACCAAUCUUAUGUUCUUAUGAUUGUUGA